UGCAAUGGAACAUUUGUAAUGGCGGUCAAGGUGGCAACUUAGCAUGAGGUGAUGAAAAAAGAAUAAAUGCCAUCUGACAAGUGAAACUGAAGAAUCCAAAAUAAACGAUAAAGGUAAAGUUAUUUGCAAUGAUGCAGAAUGUCACACAAGAUGAGGACCAUGACUCAAACAAAGAAAUAAGAACUGUAGAAAUUGAGCAAGGUAGUCCGACAGGGCCGUCGUAUCCAUCACCAUUGCCAUUGGAUCAAACUCAACCGUUGCCGACAUCACAAUCGACAUUUGGACAUGAUAUAUCUACAAGUGAUGACGACGAAAUGUCGGACGUGGCAUCCUACCUCGCUGAACAAGACAUUGAAGAUGAUGUCGAUGACCAAGACCUGGAGCCUUCCACCUUCCUGCUGCCAACCGAGGGCAUGGAAGCUUCCAACCUGCCAUCAAUAGACCCAGAGACACAUGCACGCCUGGAGGCUUUAUUGGAGGCCGCAGGUAUCGGAAAGCUUUCCACUGCAGAUGGAAAAGCUCUAACUGAUCCAGAAGUCUUGAGGAAACUCACAUCUUCAGUCAGCUGUGCUCUAGACGAAGCAGCACAAGCCCUUCAUAGGAUGAGGGCAGAACAGCAAGGCCAACUAGGCGUCAUCGAGGGCUCAAGGUCAUUAGCAGAAGCCUGUAGUGAUGGAGAUGUACCAACAGUUCGGAAACUGCUUCAUGAGGGGGGCAGUGUCCAUGAGACAACUGAGGAAGGAGAAAGCCUUCUUUCUCUUGCAUGUUCUGCAGGAUACUAUGAACUUGCCCAGGUGUUGUUGGCCAUGAAAGCCAACGUAGAAGACCGUGGUAUUAAGGGAGAUUGUACACCACUAAUGGAAGCUGCCAGUGGGGGAUAUGUUGACAUAGUCAAGCUGCUUAUCACCCACGGAGCUGACGUCAAUGCCCAGUCAUCAGCUGGUAACACACCUCUACACUAUGCUGCGUGUGGUGGAUAUGAGGAUGUGGUUCAGGUGCUGAUAGAUGCUGGAGCAAAUGUAGAACAGCACAAUGAGAAUGGACACACCCCUCUCAUGGAGUCAGCCAGUGCAGGACAUGUUGGUGUGGCUCGUAUACUUCUUAGUUCUGGAGCAGGCAUCAACACCCAUUCAAAUGAAUUCAAGGAGAGUGCUCUUACCCUUGCCUGCUAUAAGGGCCACCUGGAGAUGGUGAAGUUUUUGUUGGAGGCUGGAGCUGACCAGGAACACAAGACUGAUGAGAUGCACACUGCACUAAUGGAGGCCUCCAUGGAUGGACAUGUAGAGGUAGCCCGCCUUCUUCUGGACAGUGGUGCCCAGGUUAACAUGCCUGCAGACAGCUUUGAGUCCCCCCUGACCCUGGCAGCCUGUGGAGGCCAUGUAGACCUUGCUAGCCUGCUGAUAGAGAGGGGAGCCAACCUAGAGGAGGUGAAUGAUGAAGGGUACACACCACUCAUGGAGGCCGCACGGGAAGGACACGAGGAAAUGGUGGCACUUCUUCUAGCUCAUGGAGCCGAUAUUAAUGCCCAGACAGAGGAGACACAGGAAACUGCCUUAACCUUGGCCUGUUGUGGGGGAUUCCUUGAAGUAGCAGACUUCCUCAUCAAGGCAGGUGCUGACAUUGAGCUUGGCUGCAGUACACCUCUGAUGGAGGCUGCACAGGAGGGCCACCUAGAGUUAGUUAGGUACCUCCUUAAAGCAGGUGCUAAUGUACGUGCCCAGACAGGAACCGGGGACACAGCUCUGACAUAUGCAUGUGAGAAUGGUCACACUGAUGUAGCUGAAGUUCUUUUACAGCAUGGAGCUGACCUGGAACACGAGUCUGAGGGAGGUAGGACACCUCUGAUGAAGGCAGCUAGGGCAGGUCACCUCUGUACAGUACAGUUCCUGAUCAGUAAAGGUGCGGAUGUGAACAGACAAACUUCCACCAAUGACCACACAGUACUUUCUCUGGCAUGUGCGGGUGGUCAUCUGGCUGUAGUUGAGCUCAUGCUGGCCCAUGGCGGUGACCCUGCACACAAACUCAAGGAUGGGUCUACUAUGAUCAUUGAAGCUGCUAAGGGAGGCCAUACACAGGUGGUAAAGCUACUGUUGGAGUACCCAAACAGGGUACUGAUGAAUUCCCCACCCGACAUUGCCCAGCUUACUGACCCACACCUGUCGGAGGCCCGUGUUCCUGUUCAUGGUCUGGCAAACAUUGUCCCACCCAGUGAUCCAGAUUCCACACCAUCCACCAAUUUUACACCUAACAUACAACCAGCAGCAACAACAAAGAAACAAGGAGAGAAAGAUAUCAAUAUUCCAGUCAGAACACAAGAAGUUUGGAAAAAUGUACAGAAAAAUAUUGGCAAGAGACCACAUAAUGGAAAUGGUGAGACAGUUGUUAAAACGAACAAGUCCAAUGUUCCCUUGCCACCUUCUGACAUUACCUCAAAUAAUGCCCAAUACCAGUAUGGGGAAAUCGGAAGUUUGCCUGAUUUGAUACCCGAGGAAACUCUGGAUGUGAAAGCAAGAGAGCGUUUGGAGGCCAUCAUUAACAAUGUAAUGGACAAAGAAUUAGACAAUACAUCCACGAAGGAGGAACAAAUCUUGCGUAAACAACAAAUUUUACAGGAGUUACAAAAGGUUGAGAGAGAACUACAGGAAAAAGCACAGGCCCAGCUGCUGAUCAGUGCUCAACACCAAAGGGAGCAGCAACAACAGCAACAACAUUUACAACAGGUUCUACAACAAGGGGCCAAGGUCCUUCAGCGCACUCUUGAGGUCCAGGUCAAACGCAAGGAAUCUCCAGGAGACGGUCAGUCUAGUGAAGACCAAGAUAAUCAGGAUAUUGUUGAAUCCUCACAAGGGUCCAAUGACCUAGAUAAGCAAGUUACUAGUCUGUUUGCUCCUGAUGGGUCCACAGUAGGACAGAUUGUAUUCCCUAAUAUCCCAUAUGAUGGUCUGUUACCUGUGACCUCUAGUCAAACAGUGCAGCCUGGUACUGAGGUUGUCAUGGAAGGCAACAAGGAGGCUUGGGCCAGAAACAAUGGUAAUGUACCAGUCAAGCGCAAUGGUAACAAGGCAGGGACACGUGGCAGUGGGGCUAUGAAGGUGUCUAACACGACUACUGCUACCACUACUACAACCACUGCCACAUCCACAUCCCAAGUCAACGGGGUCGCCAACAUUGAUCAGGGUUUACAACAGCCAGCUGCUCCAGGUUUGCAACAGACUGCAGGUAAUGGUACUUCCACACUGGCAUUAUAUCGUCAGCAGAUCCAGAACAUCCAGGCAGUACGCCAACAACAACAGUUGACAGAGCCCCAGGUUCAGCAACAACAUACCCAGACAAUCCAGUUCCCUCAGCUUCAGCUGACACCAGAGCAGCAAGAACAACUGCUGCAAAUGCUUAGUCGACAAACUCUGCCUGGCCAGCCUUUGGCUCCACAGCCCCUUGCUCAGCAACAAUUCCUUCAACAGCCUGCCCUGCCUCAGACAGGGGUUCAGCUUCUUCCUCCUUCCCAGCCCCAGGGGGCACCACCGGUAGGGCAGGCUCAGCAGACACAGGUGGUGCCCCCGUCUGUAGCAACGGCAGCUGCAUUAACACAACAGCAGUAUCUCACCCAGCAGCAGCAACAACAGCUGCUUCAACAACAGCAGCAGGCCCAAUUGCUGCAGCAACAGCUCCAGCAACAGAUCAAACCGCCUCAGCCAGCACCUCCAGCUGUCUCCGUGCCAAAAAAUGCUCGUAAGCAGAGGAACCUGUACAAUACCCAGACUGUGUUACAACCUGGAACCGUCUUGUCACCUAACACUGGAAAUGUGGAAAACAUCACCCCUCCACCCUCCACACCACUAACCCCCAAUCCCUCUCCUGCUUCCCCACAGAGCAUUUCUCCACUGUGCGCUCCCAUCGACCUUGACGCACAAACUGAAAGUAAUCAUGAUACUGCAUUGACUCUUGCCUGUCAUGGUGGUCACUCUGAGCUAGUCAACCUUCUCCUGUCCAAGGGUGCCGAUAUUGAACACCGGGAUAAGAAAGGCUUCACACCUCUGAUCCUGGCUGCCACAGCAGGUCAUGUUGAUGUGGUAGAGAUCCUCCUAGAUCAUGGAGCUGACAUGGAGGCUCAGUCAGAGCGGACCAAAGACACCCCACUCUCCUUGGCAUGCUCAGGGGGGCGAUAUGAGGUUGUUGAGCUGCUGUUGGGGCGAGGUGCCAACAAAGAACACAGAAAUGUGUCUGACUACACCCCACUGAGUCUGGCUGCUUCUGGUGGAUACGUUAACAUUAUCAAGUUACUGUUAUCUCACGGAGCAGAAAUUAACUCCAGGACGGGAAGUAAGCUAGGAAUAUCUCCAUUGAUGCUAGCAGCUAUGAAUGGCCAUACACCAGCUGUGAAAUUAUUGCUAGACAUGGGAAGUGAUAUAAAUGCCCAGAUUGAGACCAACAGGAACACUGCACUAACGCUAGCCUGCUUCCAAGGUCGUCAUGAAGUUGUUAGUCUCUUAGUGGACCGUAAAGCCAACAUUGAACAUCGUGCCAAGACUGGUCUGACUCCAUUAAUGGAGGCUGCAUCAGGAGGCUAUGUUGAGGUGGGACGAGUUCUCCUUGACAAGGGAGCCGAUGUGAAUGCCCCACCUGUGCCAUCCUCACGGGACACUGCUCUCACCAUAGCUGCCGACAAGGGCCACUAUCGUUUUGUGGAGCUGCUUCUCCUCAGAGGUGCUGCUGUGGAUGUCAAAAACAAGAAAGGCAAUUCUCCUCUCUGGCUGGCAUGUAAUGGGGGACAUUUGGAUGUUGUCCAGUUACUGGUAUCAGCCAAAGCCGAUAUUGAUAGCCAAGACAAUCGUAAGGUCACCUGCCUGAUGGCAUCAUUCCGUAAGGGGCACAUCAAGGUGGUUAAGUGGAUGGUGAAACAUGUAAAUCAGUUCCCCUCUGAUCAGGAGCUUGCACGAUACAUUUCAACUGUUGGGGAUAAGGAGUUACAGAAGAAGUGCCAGCAGUGUAAAGAGAUAAUUGUAAGUGCUAAAGACCGCCAGGCGGCUGAGGCAAACAAGAAUGCGACUAUUCUCUUGGAGGAACUGGACAAAGAACGCCAGCAUGAGGAGAACCGAAAGGCUGCUGCUGCCAAGAAACGUGAGCGCAAAAAGGCUAAGAAGCGUGAGAAACAACAGGAGAAGGAAAAAGAAACUGAGGAUGAUUGUCUGGUGAACUGCGGUGUAGACGACAGUAAGAACUCGUCCCCUGAGCCAGAAUGUAACAGUGUGGAGGAUAACCCUGGGUCAGAGGAUAGUAACGAGGUGGAGGAAAUAGUCAUGGAACCACCUACAGCCACCAUUGUGUCCACUAUUGGAAUAGCGUUGCCAACAACUAACAUUGAGCCAAAAUUCAGCAAAGUGAACCGCAUGAAGCCAACUACUAACACAAACAACAAGGUUGAAAGUGGCAAGGUGAACACCACCGAGUCCAAGAAAAAUAAACGGAAUCGUGAAAAACGAGAGCGAUACCCAGAUGUGGAGAAUAUGCCAAUCCCUACAAUGUCUAGUGGAGACAUCACUACAACUACCACCACCAUAACGGUGCGGCCAAGUCCAGGACGGACCAACAAUAGGAAUAGUACGGCCACACGCAAGAAAAAGGGGGAACGAGAUCAGGUUCUGAAGAAUGCAAGCACAGGAAUUGGUGAUUUGGAUGACUUUGGUACAUUACCUGAGAAUAUGAAGAUCAGCGAUAGAGAGUUGGAAAGAAUGAAAAAAACCGGAGGAAAAGUGAAAUCGUCUGGGUCUGAUGUAGAGAACAAGAAACAUCACCAUUCUCAUCCGAUGGCAGACAAGGGCAAUGUUGAAGUUUCCACAACUCCCUCCAAUCUUGCUCUAAAAACGUCACCCCUUGUCAAUAGUCCAAAGAAAGGACAAAAGAAGGAGGAAGGCUGGAAGGAGGUCACAAGAAAGAAAUCAUCAACAGCUCCUGAUGUUAAAGGUCCAACAGGCAGAGACAGAUCGAAGAAAGUGCAAGUGCCAUCAGCAGCCAUCAGUCGAGUGAUUGGACGAGCAGGGUGUAACAUCAAUGCCAUAAGAGAGGUGUCUGGAGCCCAUAUAGAGGUGGAAAAGCAAAGAGGCUCAGGAGAACGUGUUAUUACCAUCAAGGGUUCUGCUGAUGCCACUCGUCAAGCACACACUUUGAUUUCUGCCCUGGUAUCUGAUCCUGACAAGGACUUGCAAGAGAUCAUCCCCAAAUUGAAGAUAAAGUCCUCUUCAUCCUCCAAGGAUCAGUCCAUCUACUUCUCUGUAGAUCCAGCCACUACUGCCCUUGGAACCAUCAGUAACAACAUCAUCAAUCCUGCCUCGCAGGGCCUUGGCCAGAAGUCCAUUGGUAACUGGAUACCAAUGAGGAGUCAGUCUGGGAGUGUUAGCUCAGCUGGAGUGACAGGAGUCAGUAAUGGUGUUCUUCGACUUUCGGGAGUCUCGAUGGCUAACCCUCCAUCUGGUGGCGGUAUUGUGUGGGGUAACACCCCACAACAGAACAAUGUCAGCUCUCCUAGACGCAACCAGACAAAACAGUCCCCUGCAGGUGCAGCAUUUCCCUCUCCUGUAGGCAGUGGUUCAGACAAGAUGGCCAUGCGACAACUCUUCCCUAAUGAGAACAAGAAAGGUGGUAGUUUCGGUAGUCCCUCUCAAACCUCCACCAACACCACAGUCACAUACAGUUUGGCAUCCACUUCUGCGGCAAAGGUGUCAACAAGUGCUUCAACAUUUGUGGUGAAGUCUGACAAUGGAAAGUCUUCAAACGGUGGAAAGCCAUCACAGGGGAGACAACCAGGACCUGGCUCCAUCAAAGUCUUGCAGAGACCAGUAAGCCAGAAACAAGAUCCACUUCCAAUUGUAAGUAACCAGCAAGGUGCCAACCCUGGCUUGCCUGUGUCAUCUAUUGAUGGCCACCCUGUCUUACAACCUAAUACCAGUGGGAUGCCAGGAUUCUCUCCCUUCAACAAUGCAUUUAGCAAUGUAGCAGAACAGGUUCUUGGCAACAAAAAAGAUGAUGUUGCAGAGAGAAUGAAUUUUGCCAGUGUUGCUGCGGCAGGAGUAGUUUCAUCCAUGGUGAAUUCUAAUAGCCCUACACCAGACAUGAUGAAGAAUGAUGCUUCACUACAGGCUAAGGCUCCAGGAUACAGGAUGUCGGGCUCAAAGCCACUGACACAGCAAGACUUAGCAGAUCCCACCAAUAAUCCAAUGUUUGCUGGAGGGUUUCCGCAAAAUCUUGCUGACUUGGAAGCUGCUAGAACACCUGGAUAUAGAGGAAACAUGCCAAACCAGUCCCCAUCAAUGUCACCACGUUCUGGAUCAUCUACCUCAGGUGGGCUGUCUCCACGAGGUCAGCACAUGAUGAUGGAUCCCCAGUCAGAUGUCCAUGGCUCCAUACCAUCUUUGUCUAGUCAGAAGGACGAGUAUUCCACACCAUCCCAACCCAUGACUUUACCCAAGAUUGAGAGCACGCUCAAUCCCAAUGCACCCAAUUUUACAUCCCGCCAACCAGGCCAGAUAAACCACCAGGGUCCAAAUGUACCCAAUCCCUCCUUCCCACUGGGCUACAUACAGAGUCUGUACCAACAAGCAUUGGCACAACAGCUCAUCCAGCAGGCGGCACCAGGUAAGCCUGCUCCAGGUGGAAUUGGAGGACCUAACCCAGGUAUCGUACCAUCAAAUAUGAUAUCUCAACAGGACUUUGCCAACCUUAUCCAUCAGUUUGUUGCCAGUGGGCAAGCUCAGGCUCCAGGGGGUCCACCCUCUGUGCCAGGGGGUCCACCACCACCAGCCCCUGUUGGGAUGGGAGUUCCAGGAGCAAGGCCGCAGAACCCACCACAGCGUCCCUUCUCACCACUGCCACCACAGGCACGUCCAAGCAGUGCUCCCAGUAUGGGCGGAAUACCAAAAGAAGGACCUUCCCCUGGCCCUAUAGGACCUCCUCCCAGUACAACCUCACCCAUGGCUGCCACACCACCCCUCCAAGAGCAGAUGAAAGGUGACCAGGAAAGGAGACCACCACGUCCCGUUGGUGCCAUUGGGGGUGAGCGUGCCCAGAGAAGAGCACCAGGGACAGGUGUGACAGCAGGAGGAGGACCAGAUUAUGGGAAAUUUUGGAACCUUGCAUCAGAGCUAAGUAUGCAAUGGAACCAUGGAAGUACCAGUGGAAUGACUCCAGUACAAGGGACACCCCCAACUUCCUCAUCUGUGAUGAACCGUAGCAAUAUAUCAUCCACACAGGCUUCUGGCCAUGUAGAGGAGCGAGUUGGACCUAGCCCCAUGCAGAAUCACACAGACUUCAUGGAAGCUCGGGGUGAUAUGACAGAAUCUGGCAUGGACAAGACCCUACCGAACCAGAACAUGAGUAGUAUGCCAUUUUUUGGCAAGGUAAUGGAUGGGGGUCAUUUCCCUAUUCAGCCAACCUCCUUCAGUCCAGGCCCUGUAGGGGAUGGUAUGUGGAACCCCCAAGUCAAAGGUCAGGUGCCUGAGACCUCCGACAAGAUGUGGAAUUCAUGGAGUUCACAGACGAGCAUGUGAUAUGUGUGGCAUGUGACCUGCUAGGAAGAGUUGAUAUGAUUAAUCGUCCUGGACUAGAUGGUGUUCUUUGGUAACAUAGGACUGGCUUGAUUCCCUUGUGAUGUGUAUUGGACUGCAUCAAGUCAUAAAACCAUACCAAUUUAUGUUCAAUUGAAAUGAAAGAAGAAUAAUUGCUUAUUUCUUUUUGUUUUGUUUAAUUUUUUCCUUGUUACUUCUUGAGGCAAAGCUAUUCCUUUCUUGGACACAUAGAUAAAUGUAAACAAGGUAUAUAAUAAAUACAAAAAUCAACCUUG